AUGGACGGUUUCGACGACUCCACCGAGGACUUCCUCUCCAAUGGAUUCUACCAAUUCUACACCGAGUUCCACGAGGAUCUGUUCGAUGUCCUUCAACGGGACGAGCCGACGUUCGAAAGUUCACCUGCAAUUACUCCUUCGGAGUUUAUUGACACCAAACAAAGCCAGGAUCUCCCGGUCAGCGACAUCAACCUCGAAGCCAACGUGGAGAAUUUCAUCCUAGAAUAUAGCUGCCUGAAUUUCAGUGAAAUCUGGGACAAGGACUUCAAAUUUCCAGAGAAAACCUUUCUCUGCGAUGACUCGUGCGAUGCAUUGCUCAGACAAAACACCAACCAGCCGUCGGCUGCUCCAUUCGGCGACGACAGUAAUCCUUCGGAUGGAAACGACCUGCCAUCCAGUUUCGUCUGCCCGUUCGAAACGUGUCGCAAAGUGUACGCCAAACCGGUACACCUGAAGGCCCACCUGCGAAGACACGUUGGCGAUAAACCGUACCACUGUAAAUGGGCCGGUUGCAAGUGGCGGUUUUCACGUUCCGACGAGCUGGCGCGGCACUUUCGGUCGCAUUCCGGCGUACGGCCGUACAAGUGCGACUUCUGUCCGAAGUGUUUCUCACGGUCCGAUCAUCUCGCAAAACAUCGGAAGGUGCACGAGCGAAAGUUUGCCGCCGGAAAGUGCAAAGGUGUUUGGGUCAGCUUGCCACGUGGCAAGCCUGGGAGGAAGCCGAAGGCUUCCAGUAAAUGUUAA